GCUUGUCAGCGGCAGUGGUCUUCUUUGUUUCAGCAAGCCCACUGUUCAGUAGCCGAGGCAUCGGUGCCGGGAGAUAGAAGAUCUCCCAGGGUCUAUUCCCACCCUUAGAGCAUCUUACCCUAAACGAAAAAGCUGGCGUUACUUCUUUUUGUGACCUUCCCGAUAAAGAAACCUAUUUCAUAUGUCUUUUCAGUCGUAGAUAUUUGAUUAUUCUAUAUUUUUCACAUCCGGACAGAUUUCCCCUUACGCUAAGGGUGCCAGCUCAUCACAUACGAGUCCUCCAGUCGUUUACGGUUACUGACGGCGUUGCUACACCAGCGGCACCUGCGCCAGAUCAAGUCAACCAGCUAGAUCCGUUACACAUCGAGACCGGCGCCACAUUCCGGGAGACCGGUCGGGUUGAAAGACUUUCCUGGCACGACUUGUACAACUAAAGGGUCAGGAUGAGUGUUCUCCCUGCGGCUGGGCUGUCCGUGCUGCUGUUGCUCUCCAUAGGCAGCGGUGUGAGCGAGGCUGACUCGCUGGUGACCCUGCGUAGAGUGUUCCAUCCAUCAGUGAGGCAGCCGUUGGCCAGCUCUGCUCUCCUGCCGUGCUACCUGUCCCUCCCCUCCGCGUCCACCUCCGGCCAGGACAGGGGUUCCCGCCUCGCGCCGCCCCCCAUACGCUGGACCCGCAGCUGGGCACGUGAGGGCCAGGCACCCCUGGAGAGGACCGUCCUGACCGUGCGGGACGGGGAGGUCAGAGUUCACCAGGCCUUCACUGGACGCGUGAGCCUGCCCGGACUGGACGGAGAUGCCCGCAACGCCUCCCUGCUCGUGUCCAAGCUCCGCUAUAAUGACACCGGGGAGUUCCGAUGCCUCAUCGCCAUGGACGACAAGUACCAGCAGGACACUGUCUCUCUGAAUGUCACAGGUGCACUGUUCCAUUACCAGGUGCCUGGCGAGAGCUACGCCCUGUCCUUCGCCGACGCCCGCCGCGCGUGCCAGCAGAGCGGGGCAGAGAUGGCCUCGGCCGCCCAGCUCAUCUCCGCCCAACGCUCCGGCUACGCCAGCUGCUCCGCAGGCUGGCUCUCUGACCAGACCGUCAGGUACGCCAUCCAGUCGCCAGAGCUUGGUUGCCAUGGACACAAGGAGCUGUAUAUGGGCGUGAGGAGUUAUGGGGUGAGGAACCCCACAGAGAUGUUUGAUGUGUACUGCUUCGCCCCCGAGAUGCAAGGUGAGGUCUUCCUCUCCUCGGCCUCCAAGAACCUGUCGCUACCUGAGGCGGCUGCUCACUGCGUGGCCAACGCCUCUCUCCUGGCCACGCUCGGGCAGCUGCACCUGGCGUGGAGGGCCGGCCUGCAGAGCUGCGAGCCAGGCUUGCUGUCGGACGGCACCGCCCGCUUCGCCGUCGUCCGGCCUCGGCCCGGCUGUGGGCCGGCGAAGGAACCAGGGAUCUACACCACCACUACCCCCAGUAGUGCUGUAUCUGCUGCCCAGGGCCAGCCCGACGCCACCACUGCCCCGUUCUAUCUCUACUGCUACAGAGGUAAGCCGCGCAACGUGCUGACCAACAUCGUCUCGUCCCUGCUGAUCCCCUGGAAUCUGAGCACGGAGAAGCCCAGCCGAGGGAGUCCACAGGUGCCGGGCAGCAGCGUGGAGUCCAGGCCGGGCUCUCACCCACCCCCCCAGAUCACACCGGGGCAGGUGCAGGCCACAGCUGAGACCUCAGGCAGUGGCUCCAGCAUGCCCACGCCAUCUCCCGAUGCUGUCCAGUCCUCCUACUGGACCGGUCAGGUGGACCCAGAGAAGCAGAACCUCUCCAGGCCCGACUCCUGGUGGUCAGAGGUGGCCGACGCCGACAAAGGGCAGUACGUGACUCUGCAGCUGCGGCCGGGCGACACGUCGCUGGACUGGAGCGGAUCCAUGGACGGCCCCCGGGAGGUGAAAGGUCAAGGGUCGGGCCGAGGAGGUCAGGACAGCCCGGGAGGGUCGGCGAGGGAGGAGGUGGAGGAGGACGACGACGAGGGCGCGGCGCCGUGGCGGACGGUGACCCGGAGUCCAGCGUCGGGUCGGACGCUGACUCAGAGCCCCACCACGGCGUCCUCUACCACGGAGCGCAAGGGCAAGGACGCGCUGAACAAGAUCGUCAACUCCUUCUGGAAGCCCUGGAACUACUUCACUGGAGAGGAGGACGACGACGAGCCACAGGAGGGGGUCCACACCAGCACCAUGCAGACGCAGACGCAGACGCAGACGCCAACUCAGACGCCAACUCAGACGCAAACGCAGAAGCAGACGCAGACGCCAACUCAGACGCCAACUCAGACGCAAACGCAGAAGCCAACUCAGACGCAGACACAGACGCAAACACAGACUCAGCGCACCGCGAAUCCAACCAGCACACCAGUAUCAGGUCUGAUGUCGUGGUGGGGCCGCACCUGGCUUCUCAAACCGGCGCCGACCUCUGGGCCUUCACCUGGAGCCUCCACCGCUAGCAGUGCUCUAAAGGUCAAACCAGGUCAAGGGUCAACUCCUGAGGCCACCGUCACCUCAGGGGGCUGGUCCGUGGUCGUCCCGUCCGGUGGCGAUGAACGGAAGACGGGCAAGGUCAGCAGCAGCACAUGGAGGGAGGUCAAGCCCAACACCAACCUCUCUAGAACCAAGUCCACCACCACCGCGCCUCCGUCCAGCACGGUCACGUCCACCAGCGCCGCCACCACCACUCAGAGAGGGAAGGGGGUGGAGGAGGCUCGGGGGGAGAUCCAGUACGAGCGCCGGCCGCCCAGCACGGGCAGAGGCAGGUCCAAAGGUGACCGAUCCCAGAAGAAGGAGCCCAGAGUGCCCAAGGGACCGUCGACCACCCCCAGCCCCACCACCGCCGCGCCCUCUCCCACCGUCACCUCCAACCCGACGCCGAACCUCUCGGUGGGGCGCGGAGGCUCCGUGAGGCCCCUGACGGAGGACGCCACCCCGCUGAUCCAGUCCACGCGCCUGCUGCCCGAGCUGCGGUCCUCCACCAUGGAGGGCUACGGGCCCAGUGGGAGCGGCGGCCCAUCGCCGGCCGCGGAGGACGACGCGCAGACUCUGGGAUCAGGUGUCCUGCUGCCUGGCAACCCCGCGGAAGACUUAGCCCAUGGCAACGAGGAGCUGUCCAGGAGGAAUGGCUCAGCAUGCCAGAUGAGCCCGUGUCUGCAUGGAGGAACAUGUCUGCCGGAGGGGGAGGGCUAUGGCUGCUUCUGCCCACAGGGCUUCACUGGAGAGAGCUGUGAGAUCGAUGUGGAUGACUGCCAGUCCGGUCCGUGUCUGAACGGAGGCACCUGCAUCGACAAGGUGGACUCCUUCACCUGCCUGUGCUUGCCCAGCUACAGCGGAGAUACCUGCGAGAGGGACACUGAAGGAUGUGAGCACGGCUGGAAGAAGUUCCACGGUCACUGCUACCGUCUGUUUCCACGGCGACACACAUGGGAGGACGCGGAGAAAGACUGCCGUGAGCACAGCGGUCAUCUGGCCAGCGUGACUUCCUCUCUGGAGCAGGACUUCCUCAACGGUCUGGGUCGGGAGAACACCUGGAUCGGACUGAAUGACCGCACGGUGGAGGAAGACUUCCAGUGGACCGACAACAUGGACCUGAUUUUUGAGAACUGGCGAGAGAACCAGCCGGACAACUUCUUUGCCGGCGGUGAGGACUGUGUGGUGAUGAUCGGCCGAGAGGACGGCAAAUGGAACGACGUCCCGUGCAACUACAACCUGCCCUACAUCUGCAAGAAAGGCACAGUGCUCUGUGGAACCCCGCCCUCAGUGGAAAACGCACAUCUAGUAGGCCGGCGACGAUCUCACUAUGACGUUCACGCCACGGUCCGUUACCAGUGCGCCGAUGGGUUCUUCCAGAGACACAUCCCCACGAUCCGGUGUCGCGCCAACGGAACCUGGGAGAGGCCCAAGAUCAUCUGCACAAAGUCACGGAGGUCCCACCGUUACCGCCGGCAGCACCACAGAUCGCACCACGAGCACCGGAGACACCGCCGGCACGGGGGCGGAGGUCACAGGGGUCGCGAGGAGGGCCACGGCCGCUACUGAACCAAACACCAGCUCCAGCAGUGUGACAUCACUUCCUAUUCACCUGGUACCUUGUACCUAGCUUCAUGGCCGAGGGGGAAACGACACAGAGAAAAAAUAAAUCAUGGCCUCACACAGACGGUUCUCAAUGUCUGACCCCUGUUUUGUUAUCCUCUGUCUGUAUCCCACUCCCUCUUUCCCUCCUUCUCUCACCCUCUCUCCAUCUGUCCAUCUGCCCUUACCACAUCAUCUUCUUUCCAUUUCUCUGAAUGCACCUGGAGUUUUUGAGCUUAUUGACAUAACUAAUUUAAGGCCACUAAUCCGCAACUAAAGCCCUGUUCCUACAUGUUUUGAGAAUGGAAUCAUCCAUUGUAGUUCAGUCCCUGUGGAAAGCCCUGCAGCCAGACUCUCUAGCAGUAAUAAUAGACUCAGUCUACUAUACAGAAUACCACUGGCUGCCUGGGAUGAUGUAGGAGUCUACUUUAUUUUAGUGGCAUUAAUAACGUUUGUUACCAUUAUAGAAGAAUCUACUAGCUCUUGUGAACACUGAUAUGAUUUAACUCCCCUUUUCCAAUGGGACUCGGCAUCCUCAUAAGCAUGGAAUAGCUUGCUCUCUUGAGCAUGUCUCUAUGGCAGCUUUUUGCAGGCUUGAUAAUGGCACAAGGACUGGCUCUUUUUAAUUCCUACUUGGGGCAGCAAAAAAAAAGGAUCCCUGAAGAACAGAAUUGGUUUAUUGUUGGUUGAGAGUUCCUUUGUUGUCAAUCUUAGUUAAGACAGAGCCGCAGCCCAUAUUCAGCUGUGUCACAGCUCACAAAGCACAUGCAAUAGAGAUGUAACACGGGCCUGAGAGACAAGCCUGCCACUAAAGUUUCUUCAUAACGACUUAAUGAUUUGGACUCUUUUUUUGAAAUAGUGUCACAUAAACUCUGUGUGCUAUGGGUCAUUGACCUGCUGUAUAUGGCUGUAGAAGUCUGAGUAUUUGUGUGUGUGAGACAAUGAGACGAUCUUUGUUGAACUUUAUCCACAGUUAUUUCUUUUGUGUUUGUCGUGCUUGUUGUUGUUGAGCAGUCACCUGUUGAGCACCCACACGCCCCCCCCCCCCCACACACACCGCAAUCACUAAACUACAUAAAUGUGAGCAGGCAAGCGUGCACACAUACAAAUAUAUAGGCAGGCACACACACACACACACACACACACACACACACACACACACACACACACACACACACACACAGGGACACACACACACACACACACACACACACACACACUCCCUCACACAGGUUUGACUCACUUUAGAGUUUCCAUAUUUUUAGUCUCAUGAUAGGACCCACUGACAAGAGGUUCUUAGUUGUAUACUGAGCUAAGGUGGGACACAUGACCUCGUCACUUGGCCCACAGUACAGAGGCCAUAUUACAACACAGAAUAAAGCCGGUGUCUCAUGUGGUGACUUAUAACAGUGUGGAAAAGUUCAGCAGAAAUCACUCACCAUUUUCAGCGAUGACAUCAUGAAUGUCUGGUCAAGAGAGACCUUUCCAGUCAAUUCUGCGUAAUUUAAAUAAUCAUUGUUGACAUAUCUACCCCUCUAUCAACCCCCUCUCUCCCCCCCUUUUGUAAAGAUCUCAUUGGGAAAAAGAACAAUAUUAGCCAGUUGAGUGAACUCCCUCUCUGUAAAUACUGUGAUAUUUGCUGUGUUAUGCUCUGUUAUGGUUGUGUUCUUCAUUAGGUACCCUACAGUAGAGUUUGUCCAGUCAGUUCAGUUCAGUUCACCCACCCCUCAUCUCCAGCAUCACUUGCAACAGAAACCCUUCAACACACACACACACACACACCCUUUACUGACACGGAUGACCUAACCCUAUUCACACGCUCUCCUCCACACACACACACACAUACUCACACCAUAUACACUAAAUCAGCCCCAGACGCAGUAGUGUCAUUAUAGCGGGUACGACGCUGAAAAGAAACGGCCCGUCAGGUGGCGUUUCACUGAAGGCAAAGUAGGAAGAACAAUGACUCAGCAGUGAUGCCUUUGUUCCUUUCAUGUUUGUUUUUGUUUUUUCUCCUCUUGUCUGCUCUCAGACGCGAUCUCUCAGCUUGUGCUGUAAAGAGAGUGUGUUGUGGGACAGCUCUGAGGAGACUGAUGAAUGUAGUCUCUGAGGUUCUCAUCUUUUUUGGUAUUUUUUCCUCUUCUCUAUUCUUCUUGUUGCUGUGUUACAUUCUUUAUUAAGCGGGAAAAAAAACAAACAAUAAAGCUGAUUGGAUCA